AACAGUGUGAGGCUAUUGGCUUGGAGGUGGCAUUUGACCUUGCUUCUCCUUGUCUGGUUGGGAGACACCCCCAAGUUUGGAGGGUCUGUACAUGGAAUAUGAAGAGGAUGAUGACAUUUCCUUUGCAAAAUGGAUGAGCAGCUUCUGGGGCCACAACUUGAUUGAUGAGAAUGAGAAAGAGGGUAGAGGCCACAAGAAACGUCAGACACAACCCUUUAGUCAAAGGAGAGCCUCCCUUCCGGCUAGGCUUUCCUCCCUCCAUACAACACGACUUCAUGCUUCUACUAAAGGUUCAUCUUCAGGCCAUCUCAAGGGCUCCAAGGAAUUUCAAGAAGACCAAGAUGUCAAAUGCCACUGCCACAGGAAGGCAAGCAGAACACCUUCAGCAGGCAGCUCAUGCCCAGAGACAAGAUCAAACUCCAUCCAGGAAUUUUCAGAGUCCUUUGAAAAGCAAUUGCAUCUUAAAAGCAAACGCUCAAUUUCUUUGCAACCUGAAGGCAUGAAGGAGAAAAGAGAAAGAGAGAGAUUGCCUUUGAGAAAAGGCAAGUCUCAUAAGAGAAUGGAAGAGAAAUCAGAGCCAAGAGGAGGGCAGAACGAAGAUGGAGGUUCAGAAGUUGUACCUGCAAAACACGACGAACAGUUUCCAUCACAAGCAAGCAUUGAGAAAAGAUAUUUAUGCACAGGCAGCUAGAAUGUAUUGGGGUAAUGAAUUUUUACACUCUCCCUGAAGAGCAGAGGGAGCAUUCCUUUUUUGUUUUGACUAGAAGUGGCCUGUUAGCUAGAAUAAAUCCUGACCUGUAAAAUAAAAGUAAAAUUCAGCUGCAUCAUU